AUGACGUCGUUUAAAAAGGUGAAAUUCCCUUUCCAACGUCGUUUUGUCACACUGCUGGGCUCCUGCAAUGGUCUAGUGUUUGUAGUUGAUGAGAAUGAUGUGCAUAGUUUCCGUGUUCAUGUCUGGAACCCAUUAACUGGAUUCGUGAAGGAGUUACCUAUCCCAGGUUUUUCCACUGAUUUUGACCUGGAGUUACGUGCUUAUGGUGUUGGGUAUUUACCAGCUACAGAUGAGUAUAAAGUUAUUCUGAGUUAUGCUCCGGUGGAGGUGGAGUUGGAUGUGAAUAAUGAAACGGAGGAAGAAUAUAACAGGAGGGUUGAGGAGGAUGAAAAAUUGAAUUUUAGCAAGGUAAUGUCAUUGAAUGAUGGGAUUUGGAGAAGUAUCGAAGCCCCUAAGGAUUGCUACUCGAAUCACCAGCAGGGGACUCUUGUCAAUGGGUGGCUUCAGUGGCUACAGACGCCAUUAUCAGAUGAAAUUGUUGCUUUUGAUCUGGCUAGGGAGGAGUUUCGGGAAAUUGAGAUGCCUAAUUUCGGCCCAAAGAAGAUCCGGGAUCUCAGCGAGCUUCGGUUUUGCUUUGUAGGAUGCCUUGAAGGAUGCCUGUGUGUGUUGCGUUAUCCUGUGAUAGAUGCUUGUGAUUCCAUUGAUUUUUGGGUCAUGAGAGAAUAUGGGGUGGUUGAGUCGUGGACUAAGCUAUUUACCUUCAGGUUUUCAAAUCCGGAAUGGUCAAUGAGGCCCCUCUUGAUUACGGAAAAUUCUACAGUUGCCUUGAAAUGGAACGCGGAUAUAUGGUCUCGCAAUGUUUUUAGCGCAGAUGCGUCAACCGGGGUAAGGAUUUCUCAUAAACAAGAAGGAGAAGAAGAGCCUUGUGUUAAUAUACUUGGCGGCAAUUGGGAUAACGUAAUUGAAUAUGAAGAGGGCCUAGCUUCGAUUGGUGGUUACAAUGGGGUUCAUCACAACGCCUCACAAAGCUGA